AUGCCAGCAGACCGCCUCCUCAACACAGUGUUGCAACUGUACCGGAACGUUCACGACGACCACAAGACAAACCAGAUAGUCGGAUCGACUACGAACCUCCUCACCACGCUCUCCAAUCCGCUGAACCUCGGCGUUCUCACCUCGCAACUCCUCAUCGCACCCGCGAUAUGGCACCGACGAGAUGGACUCCGGACGAGCCUCCGCAUCAUCAGCAUCUACAAUACCGCGGCUCUCCGCGUUCGUGACCACGAGCUUGACCCCACCACGCAUCAGGGCCAGAGACAGAGCGGCGGGCUCACGUCCGAGGUGUGGGCGAGGGCCGUUGCAAAGGGUGCUGAUGACCGCUCGCACAGAUGGCAACAUCUCCUGGUCCUCACUGGUGUGCUCAUGGGCAUGGAAGGCAAUGACCGGCGAUCCUUGUCGAAUGGCUUGCGCGGCACGCUUGAGCAGGCUGUAGUCACUGCGGCGAACCUGGCAAUGGAGACGGCGACAAUUGAAGGGCCGAUGGCCACAGGUUCAAUUGUUCUAGCGUUGAACUACGCGUUUCCACUCUUGUCGGAAACACGCAGAAGCCUGAUCAACUACGAUGCGCUUCUGCCACUUGCCGUGCAGGCGAUGUUUGCCGAGGAGGGGUUCCAGAACGGCGACUUUCUGGCUGCCAUCAAUAAUGAUAUCCAGGAUGUUGGCUCCCAAAUACAUUGGGCGCCAACUUCUCCCUCGUAUGCCGCGCUGCAGGCUCUCGAGUCGAAACCGAUCAUGGGGGGCAUGGGUCCGCUGUCGAGACUGGCUGCCUUUGCCGUGGAACAAGCGACGGACCCCGCCGUUGUUCUGGCCGCACACACGGCGCUGAUGGAAUUCAGCCAUCGCGUCAGACACCAAUGGCAAGCCACGCGGCUGUCGAGUAUCGACUCUCUCGACGAGUCGAUGCGCUAUACUACCGAGGCUUCGCAAGUCACCGUGCCGGUGCUGUGGCAGACUUUUAAAAAGAUGCUCUACGCAACGGUGACGACGUUGCAAGCCAUUGUGGCGCGGAGUCUGCUGGAUCCAUCUCUGAGGAGCCGAGAGGUUGCUCCGGAACUGGCCACCAGAACACUGCGAACGCUACGCGAUCUUUUCUUCAUUGGCUCCAGGGACAACAACAGCUCGUUCCAGGUUUACUCCUUUACCUACCUCACAUCUCUUGACACCCUGGUCAGAUAUCCUGAGGCUGCGGUUGCCUUCCUGGCGGGCAUCAAGCCCACCAGUCCCAAUGCCGUACGGAGUCACUCACUGUAUCACCCAGUGCACCGAUCUCUCGACCUUUUCUACCUCAACGUUGCCGAGCAUCUGCCUCUAAAUAUCCCCACCGAGGCCUGCGACGAGCUCAUCGUCCAGCCCGCAACAACCUACCUCACUCACACUGGCCCGCCGACAUCGCUAUCUCUGGAGAUCUUCGAGUCCGCCCACAGCGCCAUCCUGUCCGCCCUCGCCUGCCCUCACAACGGUCCAAUGACCGUCAAGGUUGUGCCGUUUUACGUAGACACCCUCUUCGCCUCGUUCCCCUCUCAUAUCUCCACCCGCCAGUUCCGCGUUGCCUUCAAGACAAUCAUGCAAAUCGUUUCGCCACCCUAUCCCAUCUCUGCCACAGACCCCUAUCUCUCCGAGACCUUGCUCGAGAUGGUCCGCUUCCGCGCCCUAAGCGCCGGCGUCGAGCCUCUACCUCCGACCCCGGACGCCCUCGCCCAGACCGAGGACAACGAGGACCAGCCGCCGCAGCCACACUCGGAACAGAGCUCGCUUGUCGUGACCCUCAUCGACGCCCUGCCGUUCCUGCCGCUGCCCCUCGUCGAGGAGUGGAUGACCGUCACGGCCAGGACGAUGGCCGAGAUUGCCGACCCCGCCAUGCGCAAGCUCGUGCGGGAGCGGUUCGUCGAGGUUCUUGUCAGCGGAGAGCUGGAUGUUGAGCGAGCGGCGAUCGGCGUCGCGUGGUGGGGGACCAAGGGAGGCAGGGAGCUUGUCAUUGGGAGGAGCGCGCCACCAGCCCUGAUGAGCGGUGCGCUUGUGGAGGAGGAGAGGGCGAGCAAGCUCUGA